GAAAUUGGGGAGUAAAAGUGGGCCAAUAAAAUUGAAAAGGUCAGGGAAGUCUUGCCUGAAUCUAUCAACCAAGUAGUUCUGUCCAGCUCCGGGAUUGAAGUGUCCGACCAAACGCGUUUACUUCGCCAAGUUUCCAAGCACUAAAACUUUUUCCCAUUAAUUUAAUAGAGAGAUAGAACCAAAGGAAAUAUACACACACCCCCACAGUACAGACAAACCUCUCCAAACUCCAAACCCCACUAUAUCUUUUUCUUUCUCUUUCUUUUACUAUUCUUCAAAAAAAAACCAAAACUGCUCAAGACCCAUUUUUCCUCUCUCUAUUUCUCCAUUACCAUAUACCCUUUUUCUGUUUUCGUUUUUUCUUUUCUUUUAUCCAUAUGGGGUGGCUUUGCUUCUCUUUGAUUUGAUCAAGCUUGCAGUUAUGGUUCGUCUUGUAAAGUUUUGAACUUUGGUGUGAAAAGGGGUUUGACUUGAAUAUGCUGAAGAGUGGAUCGUAUGUACUGUGUGAAGAGUUUAAAUUGGAUUAGAUCUUGGACUUAAACUAAGAUUGUUAAGGAAGAACUAAAGAGUUGGAUUAAAUGGGGAAUACUUGUGUUGGUCCUACCAUCAACAAGAAUGGAUUCUUUCAAUCCGUUUCAGCUGCAAUGUGGCGGAGCAGAUCGCCAGAUGACUCUGUUUCAGAACAUACUAAUGGAGAAAGUGUUCAUGAUGUGGCAUCCAAGGAGCCUGAAUCACCUUUGCCAGUCCAAAGCAAACCACCAGAACCUGUGAUAAUUCCGAAACCUGAACCUGUGAAGGAUCCACAAUCCCCAAAAGCCGACAAGUCCCCACAUAUGAAGAGGGUGUCCAGUGCUGGACUUCGAGCUGGUUCGGUGUUGCAAACAAAAACUGGUAAAUUAAAAGAGUUCUACACUUUUGGGAAGAAACUAGGCCAAGGGCAAUUCGGGACAACAUUUCUGUGUGUGGAGAAGGCAACAGGGAAAGAGUAUGCUUGCAAAUCCAUUGCGAAAAGGAAGUUAGUCACAGAUGAUGAUGUGGAAGAUGUAAGGAGGGAGAUUCAGAUAAUGCACCAUUUGGCUGGGCACCCCAAUGUGAUAUCUAUUAAAGGUGCAUAUGAGGAUGCUGUGGCAGUCCAUGUUGUGAUGGAGUUAUGCGCUGGUGGCGAGUUGUUCGACAGGAUUAUCCAACGCGGGCAUUACACAGAGAGGAAAGCUGCUGACCUUACUAGGACUAUUGUUGGAGUUUUGGAAGCCUGCCAUUCAUUGGGGGUUAUGCAUCGAGACCUUAAGCCUGAGAAUUUUCUUUUUGUCAACCAGCAGGAGGAUGCACUUCUCAAAACUAUUGACUUUGGUUUAUCUGUUUUCUUCAAGCCAGGAGAGAGAUUUAGUGAUGUGGUUGGCAGCCCAUAUUACGUUGCACCAGAAGUCUUGCGCAAGCGGUAUGGUCCAGAAGCAGAUGUUUGGAGUGCUGGAGUGAUUCUUUACAUUCUGUUAAGUGGAGUGCCUCCAUUUUGGGCUGAAAGUGAGCAAGGGAUAUUUGAAGAAGUGUUGCAUGGUGACCUCGAUUUUUCAACAGAACCGUGGCCUAGUAUUUCUGAAGGUGCCAAAGAUUUAGUGAGGAAAAUGCUUAUUCGAGACCCUAGGAGGCGGAUAUCUGCACAUGAUGUUUUGUGCCAUCCCUGGGUUCAAGUUGGUGGUGUGGCUCCUGACAAGCCUCUCGAUUCUGCAAUAUUAAGUCGGUUGAAACAAUUCUCUGCAAUGAACAAGCUUAAGAAAAUGGCUAUUAGAGUUAUUGCAGAGAGCUUAUCUGAAGAAGAAAUUGCUGGCCUAAAAGAAAUGUUCAAAAUGAUAGACACUGACAACAGUGGUUCAAUCACUUUUGAAGAACUUAAGGCUGGUCUGAAAAGAUUUGGAGCUAAUCUUAAGGAAUCCGAAAUUUAUGAUUUAAUGCAAGCAGCAGAUGUAGAUAACAGUGGAACAAUUGAUUACGGAGAGUUUGUAGCAGCCACUUUGCAUUUAAACAAAAUUGAGAGAGAAGAUCAUUUGUUUGCGGCAUUUUCCUACUUUGAUAAAGACGGAAGUGGCUACAUUACUCAAGAUGAGCUUCAACAUGCUUGCGAGGAGUUUGGGGUAGAGGACGUCCGCCUAGAAGAGAUGAUGCAAGAAGUUGAUCAGGAUAAUGAUGGACGCAUAGAUUAUAACGAGUUUGUGGCCAUGAUGCAGAAAGGAACUAUUGGUGGCCCUGCUAAGAAGGGCCUACAAAAUUCCUUCAGCAUUGCUUUUAGAGAGGGUCGCAAACUUUAGUUACGUAAUUGGCAACAAGGUUCUUAUUUCUUUCUUCCUUUGUAUUUUUUUUUUUUUGAUAUUUUUUUUAUAAGAGUUUCUUGAGAGAUCAAGAUUGUACAGUAAGAAGCUUAAAUGCUGGCCUAAGGUAUAGCCGGGGCUCAUUUAUGCUCUUCUUUGAAUUCAUGGAGAUCUCUUUUGUGUUUGCAAUGACCUUUGCAGCCAUACUAUAUUUUGUACACAAUGAGAGAAAAAAAAUGAUUUCUUUACCUUUUACUUUAAUUUAUGAAACUCAUUGAAAA